AAAAAUGAUUAAAGGAAAGUUGCCGCCCGUUCAGGAGGAUUCCUACCUACAGUUUGAUGAGAAUGAAGAAGCAAAGUAUCAGAAGUUUCUGUCACCUCUUCCGAAAAACAGAUAUGAGUCUACUAAUGGAAAAAAGCUUCCUAGGAGGUCUACUUUGGGAAUUCCCAACUUCAACCCCAAUGCUGAGACUUCGCCAGGAGGAGAUAGGUACAUCCCUAGAAGAAGAGGACAAGAUUCUAACAUCGCUAUGUAUGAGAUAAACCAUGAGGACUCCCCUCCUCUCAAUAUUGACAGAGAUAACUUCGAUAAUAGUUGGGAAUACGAAGAAUGCAAGGCUGAAUAUACGCAAAAAUUAGAGUAUGAAGGUGUUCUGAAAGAGGCAUUCUUUGGAACAAACUCUCCUGAGAAAGAGAAUGGUGAGGACUAUGUAGAUGCCAAUAUUUUGUCCUCUCCUCAGAAAGCAGAGACAAAAAGCAAUCAUCCAUAUAAGAAAAAGCUUUUAAAUUUUAAAACAUCAAAGAACAAUAAGGAGAAUCUCCAAAGAGGUGUAAGAAACAAGACUUUAAGACUCAACGACUUUAGAGGUCACAACAUGACAGCCAAACCCAUUGAGAAGAUUACUAAAAUCUACCCUGAAAGAGUACUAGACGCACCUAAUAUGGUCGAUGAUUUCUAUUUGAACCUCCUCGACUGGAGCGAUGAGAAUGUGAUUGCCAUAGGACUUGAAAAUUGAGCAUACCUAAUGGAUGUCACUAGCAACAGCAUUACAGGAAUUAAGCCAAAUAGUAGGAAUAACCUAAUAACUUCUCUCUCUUGGAUGAAUAUGAGGAAAGACACUCUCGCCAUUGGUCUUGAGAACGGUGAUAUUGAAAUCUGGGACACUAACCUGGUGAAGAGAAUAAGAACUCUUCAGGGGCAUGUUCAAAGAGUGUCCUCUCUUUCUUGGAAUAAUAACAUUCUUAGCACAGGAAGUCUAGAUAGUUCCAUUCUCAAUCAUGAUAUUAGAGAUAAAAAUCACAUUAUCGAAAGGUUCCAGUACCAUACUAAGGAAGUAUGAGGCCUCAAGUGGUCAUUUGAUGGUACUCAGCUAGCUAGUGGGUCUAAUGACAACACCCUUUGCAUUUGGGAUAUCAAUUCUCAUAGAGAACCUAAACAUACUUUCACCAGUCAUAGAGCAGCUGUGAAAGCACUUGCUUGGUCUCCUCUUGAUAAGAAUUUACUGGCUUCUGGAGGAGGUACAAAAGACAAGUCUAUCAAAUUCUGGGAUACAGAAGAAGGCACUGAGAUAUGUAGUCUUAAAACAAGCGCACAAAUUUGCUCUUUAAUCUGGUCUAAAAACUCAAAAGAGAUCAUAAGUUCUCAUGGAUAUGAGAAAAACGAGCUUUUCGUUUGGAAAUAUCUUCCUCAUAAACCUGAAAUGCCAGUUGUGAAAACAGCAGAGCUCUCAGGACACGACUCUAGGGUUCUCCACCUUGCUAUCAGUCCUAAUGGAACUACAGUUGCUAGUACUGCUCCUGAUGAGACUCUGAGAUUUUGGAAAGUGUUCCAAAGUGAUGAAGAUUGUUCUCUAUACUCUGCCUAUCACAAUGGAAACUCUCUCUUCAGAGAUGUAAUUCGUUAAUCUAAUUAAUAUUCCUUAAAAAUUCAAAUAAUCGU